GUUAUUUGACGAAUUGUCGUAUACAAUAUAUUGUAUAUUUAUAUCUAUAUUUUACAGAUAAUUUUAUACAAAAAAGAAUAAUAUGAAAUACGUUUAAAGGUGUAUAUGGUAAAGGUAUUAUUUUAAAUAAUUAUGUCAACUAAAAAAUGUAAUACCAGAUCGCAAAACAAAGGAGUAAACGUACAAUCGGACACGGACAACUCUCAAAGUUUAGCAACUUCAAGAGGUGAAGGAAAUAUACAUUCUAAUUCAGACAGAGAGUAUGGUAAAUCUAUAAACAAAAUUAAAAAUGAUGUAAAGACCGUAAUUGAGCUAAUGGGGCCCAUUAGUCCAGAACUUGAAAAUAGUAGUACUAUAGAGGAAUCUUACCGUAAGGCAACUGAAGAAUCCAACAAUUUAUAUAAAGAGAUUUCAGAGGAAAUGAACCAAACAUUAGCUGAAGAUUAUCAAUUAACUACUGAUUGUGAUCAAUCCAUAAUUCCUAGAGAUCAUAUAACUGUUCAAGAUACAGACUUAUUGUCAAUUGUUGAAAAUUGUUCUGUUACUGCAGUCGAAAAUGCUUCUCUACACUGUACGAAUAUAUGUGCCCCUCCCGUUCAAGCUACAAAUUUCGUUUACAAUUCCGAAUGUAUGUGCCCACAAAUGGCUGACUAUAUCCAUACUUAUGCAGUGCAAGGUGAGAAGAGAAAAACUGCGAAGAAAAAUUUAUUUAGGUCAUUUUUGACGGUUUUUCAAAAUAAAAAAUGCAAAAACCAUUUUCCUUCAAAGUCGAAAUAUUACAAAAUCAAUAUACAAGGGUCUCGUAAAAACAUUGCUCCAACUCGUUUGGUGUUUGACUUAGUUGACAAUGUCCAUACUCAAGUAAACAAUCAUGACCAUGGGGAUUGUGUUCCAGAAAAAAAUUAUAUCUUAACAGAAGAAAACCAUUUUUGUUUGCAACCCGAAAAAGAAACCAAAUACACGACAACCAAAGAACAGUUUAUACAAACCAAUAAACAGAGUAGUAUGACCAACUGUCAAAUAUGUUCCCAAAAAAAGAAACUUAACAGAAAAUCCCCAUACACAUAUGUAAAUGAAAUUAAGAAAAAACGUGUACUACUUUGAUCACGGUUGUUCAAGCUACUUUCAAACAACUGAUAAAAUGCCGAUUAUAGCUAGUGAAGAUCUGGCUUUGCGAACUGAAGCGUACACGACAAAAUUUUGGGCUGAACUCUUUGGAAGCUUCAAUAUCGGUUGUUCUUUUUUUAUGUCCUUCGUACUACAGUCUAUAAGAUUUUUUCUGUACAGUAUACUAAAACCUUUGACAGUAGGAAUUAUUCAAAUUGUAUCCGAUUAUUUCUUCAAACCUAUGCUAACUACAUUGUUUAACUCCAUAAUACAACCAAUUUUGAUACUUUUGUACAAUAUUCUCACAUCGAUAAGAGAUAUUUGCAAUCCAGUGGCUGAAGCUAUAGGAUACUUCAUUAGAGAAAUGGCGGUUUUAAUUGGUGCUUUUAGAAUAGUCGAAGUCAAAACGGACCAAGCAGAAAAUUACAGCAAAAAAAUAGAUAGAAGGAAUAAAAUACUAUUUAAAACUAAAAGUAGAGAUAAAGAAGGGAACAAUUAUGUUUAAUUAAUGAAUCAUCGUGCUAUAGGUAUUUGCUCAAAUUUAUAUAUUAUAUUUAAGUGUCAAUAAUAUUCAAUAAAGAAUUAAAUAUGU